GUCAAGAUGGCGGUGAAGGUGUCGCAAUCGCGCGUUUCUCGCCACUCCAUAGGAGACGUGGAUCCAACACCUCUCCUUCACUCACCUCGCCCUUCACUUGGCAGUACUGCUCCAUCUCGAACCACCACUCCCCUCACCCUCCACGAGUAUCGCAAACAACAACACGACACUGCAGUGCCCGCCAAUCCUCCUCCUGGAAGAAGGCUUCGAAGAAAGGCUGCAGCUCCCGCUCUCAAUGAGCUUGAGUACGCACCUUUGGCUCGCCGGAUCCCACCGCAGAAUUACCUCCCUCCUUCUCAGAGGCUCCAACCAUCUCGCUCCGCUGUUCCACUAACCUCACUUUACGACACCAACGAGUCGUCUCCGAAGGCAUCAGCAUCCACUGGUUUGCUCGAUAGUCCAUUCAGAUCACAAUCAGCCGAGCCAUUCGGCACUGCUGCUUGGAGAAACAAGCCAGACACUUUCUCUCAUCGCUCGAAUCUCGUCGAGUCAAAGGUAGGCAAUUGGAAGCCGAUAAAAAGGUUACCAAAGCCCUUGAAACCCCCUCUGCCAACCUCUCCCACCCUCCCCGUCUACAAAUUGCCUUUUGAGCAACAUUCUUCUCUCACACCUUCGUCACCUUCUUCGACCGACAAUCUGCUAUCGUGCGGUGCACGUACAGAGUCUUCAAACGUUUCUUUGUCACUGUUUCCUCGCCCUCCGCAUUUGAUCCACGCGCCGCUUUCGCCUCCAGACGAUAAUUUUGACCGGCCGCAACAACACGAGAGAAGCUUUGCAUCCACUGCUCCAGUGACCCCGCCAGCUACUCCUGCCGUCAUUCAUUAUCGUGGCACCUCGUUCGACUUGAUCAAUCCACACGAUUCGCUGCUUCUUCAUGAUAUUGAAACACCGUCACGCGGUUUCGACUCGACCGAAUAUCUUCCAUUGAGCGUGUCUGCGGAUCGAUUUCAUCUCGAUCAUAACGACAUGACUGCGCGUGGCCGCCUCUUCGAGGACUUUUCAUCUGCUUUCAAUUCGAUAGCCAAAAAAGAAAAUGAAGUUACCGAUCCGGACAUCUGCAGUCCUCCAGCUGCACGGCUUCCUCUGGGAUCGGGCCGUGAUAGUCUUUCCCCAGUCGACCAUCAUGCCAGAUCGCUUGCCUCAAUUCACGACUUCGGCAAGCGCUCCCCGGAAUCUCGUUUCUCGCUGAAACAGUUGGCUCCCUUGAAGCAGCUUACACGGACCUUCACCAGGAAAAUGGAGCAUGGAGGCGCAGUUGAGGAACAGGAACUAUAUGAAUUGAGACAGCCACGAAUUUCCCAGAACUCGGUAGCAACCUCGAAUACCCAUGGAGGGUUUGCACGUUCGCAGCACACUAGCGACAUUACGGAAGCGUCCGAUCAACCUCUUAUCGGCAGUGCCUACACGAUCCGAGAUCCUUCCUUGGUUGCUGCCGAUGAUGAUUCCGGACCCUUUGAAGAUUCUUAUUCUCUGCCUCUUACUUCAAUGAUUCCAGACGAACCCUCUAGCCAGAUGGGACGCGCAAAUGGUGACCGACUCUCCACAGCCAUGACGGAUCCCGAUCACCGUCCAUAUUAUGACGAGGUCUCCAUCUACCCCAGCUCAUCCGUCUAUGACCAGGAUUCCGAGUAUGGCUUAUCUGGCUUGCUUUCCCAAAGAGCCAGCAGAAGGAUCAGCCGACUUAGUGAGCCACUGGCCAUCCGAAAUGUAAAUGAUGGCCCAAGCCUAUACUCCCCCAUUGGCAAUGCAACACCAAGGAAGGACGUACAAAAUUUCGGUUCCAUUGCGUCAGAAGUUCGCACGAGUGAAGAGAAGACCGACACAAUCAGCAGGCUCAUUGCAGAGUAUAGACAGGAUCUCGGGAUGGGCAAUGGUAAUUCCCCAUUUGAUGACCCUCUUCCCGCAUCGAAGGCCACUGCAGAUUCUCCUGCUGCAAGGGCGCAACCUGCAAGCAGCAGUGGUAUCUAUGAUAUGCAAUACCUUACCAAUCAUCCCGAGGUCGUAGAUACCACUAGAGGGCCAGGUCCUCCUCCACUGGAUUCUGCUCCACAGCUGCUUUCUCCGCAGCGUCACGCAGCUCAGACAGCAUUCGCCCAAGCGACUAAUUCGGACAUGAUGUCAGCAUCGUCCUAUGGCGACACUCGUGCUCUACUUCAGACACCACGAAACAUUACCAAAGACAAUAUGGGGGAUUCUCAGAAGAUGAUGACGCUCAACACCCUUGCAGCUUCUUCUUCCUAUUCUCAAGGCGAUGAUCCGAGCAAUUCCAGAACCCCGGAAGAGGCACUUAUACAAGCUGAGCAGAUCUUUGAAGAAGCAGCUCUCGAGGGACGCUACAACGUAACGCCAUCAGCAUGGUUCAAACGUGGCACAGACGACCUCAUGUUGCAGGAGGAAUCGGCCGCCCCCGGAGAUGGAAAAGAUGAAUGGGAGACUAUUGAAGCUAGCAGCCGCAGAUCCCAUGUGUCUGACGGCUCCAGCAUUGCGGAUUACAGUAGCUCUGAGGGCUCUCGAUCGGUAUGCCAGAUGUCGCCCAAAGGCUCGCUCCCCUUCCCCGAGGAAGCUUAUGGGCUCCGAAAGGACUCAUCCUUGUAUCGGCACCCAAGCCCAAUAGCUACCCACGACAACCCUUUCAGCUCCAGUCCUCCGGUCCUAAGUGACGAAACUAAUCAUAUUGGAACUCCCAGACAGUCGCGGUCUUUGUUGCUGCCGUCGAGUCCACCACAUUUUUCUAAUUCUCCACUGGCCCGAGGGUCCGGCCUCAACAGGGUGGAAGACUACACAACCUCUGGAUUGAGGCAGUUUCCUUGGCCCACGACAAGCCCUUAUACAUUGAGUGAGAAAGAAACUCGAGAAUUGCUGAUCUCGGGGCCGAAUGAUGACAUCCUUUACGAUGAUGUAGAGGGAUAUUCUCGUACUGGAGAUCUAUCGUCCUCACCCUUCGACGGACGUGGUACUGGUCGUGCUAGUCGGGGAGGUGAAUUUGCAAAUUCCUUCGAAAAGUUCACGGUACUUGGCUCCAAGGUGAACUUGACUGGAUCGCCUGGCGGAACAGGAAUGCACGCGGUCGGCAGUAGCAUUGCUAAUACCAGUAGCCCCGGGGCAACAUGGCAAACCGAGCCAGUUCGUCGAAGCCCGCGUUCUGGUUCCGAAUUCUACAUUGAGUCAGAUUGUACUUCCAGUUUCACUCCCAUACAUGGUGCAGGGCAGCCCAGAUGGACACCUGAAGAACACGAGAGAUCACCAUCGCAGGAAACGUUGUUCCCCUCUCAUCACCGCAUGAGGACUUUGUUAGGAAGAUCUGGUAAACGUCCAUCGGUUUCUCGUUCAAUGCACUCCGCUGCUGGACGCAAUCGCUCUGCUGUUGCUGGACAGACCAAACUCCGGGAAAUGGUAUUAGCGUCCGAUGCAAGAACGAUCUCUACGUGCCGAAGCGACCAAUUUUCGAAUUUCCAUAGUAGGGGUGGAAGUGAACGACCAUCGUCUAGCAAUACCCACACGCCGCUUCGAGGACUCCCUACCCACUACAGCUUGAGUGUACUUCGAAAUGGGCCUGUCGCGAGCAAGGAAUCCCCUCAUCUCCUUUGCCCUGAGCGUGCUUGCAAUCCUGCCGACGAGGUGACUCGCUGGAACUUGUCAUGGGGUAUCUUUGCUCUGUUCUGCCUGUUCCCACCUGCGAUCAUCUUGUACCGCUGGCUCGGAGACUUGGUCAUCACUGAGCUUACCAAGGGGCGAUUCGGCUCUUGCGCUCCACGCCCGAAACAGGUCGCCACUUACGCCGGUAUCAUCGUCAAUGUUGGCAUUGUCAUCGCUAUCAUCGUGCCCAUUACCUACAUGCAUCUGAACGGAUCUCUUUAAAGAAUAGGCUUGGCGGCCUCUUUGCUGGAUGCUUCCUCACGUUGAGGAAAUGAGAUCGGUGGAUGUUUACUACUGGAAACAACAUGGCAUGCCGAGCAAAUUCAUUUCGGUUACCGUUCAGACGGUGACCUUCGGCUCUUUCUUGGAGUUCUGCGGUGCAAUAUCGCGAUUUGGCAACAUGACAGUAUGCUGGAGUGGUAGCCUACAAAAUUCUUUCCUGCAUCCGGUUUGAUGGCAGGACUCAAUAGUCAUUGGAAUUCGAUGGAUUUAAUGAGAUGGUUUCUCUUUUUUUGUAAUUCUACUGGAAUAGGUUUGGGAGGCCACAAAUACCCGAGAUGAGAUUGAAGGGAUUCCAAUGCACACAUGCCUAAGUCUUUAGCUAGCAAGCAAUACAACUAUGAAAUUUGAUAUCAUGGGCUCAUUCAAACAAAGCAUGUGGUUCCCAAUUGACCUCUAGCAUAAAUCGGUAUGGUGGUAUGC